AUGAGUCUCGUUUUCCAGACGCCUGAGGACGGCGUCCUCGAGGAAGCCUUUGAUGAAUUGGGACCCAUCCAAAUCUUCCUCGUCGAGUUGGAACCUGCCCAAACGGAUUUUCCACGGAUCGCCUUUCUUCGUGCCUUCGUCUUCGCCGGCAAGUUCGUCGAAGACAACCCGGUCGGCCUAAGCGACGAUGCCAACAUCAGGCGUGAAUUGUAA